AUGUCCGAGGUGACUAACACCACCCAAGACCCCUUCUACUUCAUCCUCACGGGCAUCCCUGGAUUUGAGGCCUCCCACAUCUGGAUCUCCAUCCCCUUCUGCUGCCUCUACAUCAUCUCCAUCAUGGGCAACACCACCAUUCUCGCUGUCAUCGGCACAGAGCCCUCCCUCCACCAGCCCAUGUACCUGUUUCUCUCCAUGCUGGCCCUGACUGACCUGGGUCUCACCCUCACCACCCUGCCCACAGUCAUGCAGCUCCUCUGGUUUGACAUCCGUCAGAUCAAUUUUGAGGGCUGUUUUGCCCAGUUCUUCUUCCUCCAUGGAUUCUCUUUCAUGGAGUCUUCUGUGCUGCUGGCCAUGUCCUUUGACCGCUAUGUGGCCAUCUGCCACCCCCUCCACUAUGCCACCAUCCUCACCAGUGAAGUCAUUGGCAGGAUUGGGGUUGCCAUCCUCUGUCGCUGUGUUCUGGCCGUUCUCCCCUCCCUUCUCCUGCUCAAGCGCCUGCCCUUCUGCCGCUCCCACCUCCUGUCUCACUCCUACUGCCUCCACCAGGAUAUGAUUCGUCUGGUCUGUGCUGACAUCCGAGUCAACAGCUGGUAUGGGUUUGCUCUGGUUUUGCUCAUUAUUGUGAUGGACCCUCUGCUCAUUGUGCUCUCCUACACACUCAUCCUGAAAAGUAUCUUGGUCUCAGCCACCUGGACUGCCAGACUCAGGGCCCUCAACAACUGUCUGUCCCAUAUUCUGGCUGUUCUGUUGCUCUACGUGCCCAUGGUUGGGGUGUCAAUGACCCACCGCUUUGCCAAGCAUGCUUCUCCACUGGUUCAUGUUAUCACGGCCAAUAUCUACGUGUUGGCGCCUCCUGUGAUGAACCCCAUCAUUUACAGUGUAAAGACCAAGCAGAUCCGCCAGGGAAUGAGCCGCCUCUUUUCCCAAAGAAACAAGCAUUUAAGUUAA